AUGGCUCAAGAAGAAUCCUCUCUUCCAGAAUCCCUCGAGUCCUUUGCCAUGCCCAUCAGGAGGAGCACGAGAGUCUCCAAGAAGAGGUUGAUGAGCAUGGUCAAGAAGGAGGCUGCGGGGAAAGAAGCUAUAGUUAUCGCUCCCUUCAUGCACAAAGGAGGCGUGUACAAGUCGUCGACGACGAUCAAUGCGGCUGCUGCGCUGGCUAGGAGUGGGAAGAAGGUUGCAAUCAUCGACGCUGAUGGCCAGUGCAACGUGACAUCCUUCUUUUAUCCUGCCCCGGAUUCUUUCGAGUCGGAGAUGAACAUGCUGAAUGAAGGAGACAAGAAGAAGGCACAAGACGAGCGAAAGAAAUCAUCAAGGAGGAAGAAGCACGCGGAUGCCUCGACCGGAGUCAUUCUGGGCCUAUCAGACAGAAGCUGUACAUUGCCCAGCAUUGAUUCGAUUCAUCCCUUGACUCCCUGUUGUUUCGAGUUGGAUACUUGGUUGCAAAUCUCAGAGGAUGACGAAUCGUCGACCUCGGAGAAGUUUGACACAAUAUAUGAUGCUCUUUACCCAGCAUUUGAUCAAACAACCAUGACUUGCCCAAAACUUCUUCCCAUCGAGGAUUACGACAACAAUCUCUUCCUCUUGCCUGGCAGCACGGAGAUCCAUAAACUUGAGGCCAUGAUAUCAAGCCAAAUGUUACGUGAAUACGGUCCGAUGUUUCUUGCUUUCAGGCAUUUGUACAAUCUGAUCGCCAAACGGUACGAUCUUGAUUUCAUAUUUGUAGAUCUGGGGCCCAAUCAUCACGAGCUGAAUAUGGGCAUUGUUCUCAGUUGUGACUACAUUCUCCCACCUAUUCAUGCUGAUUUUUAUUCUGCAAGCUCAGUUCACAGGAUGCUACAUGUCCUACUUCCUUUCUGGAAUGAUUGGAGGGAAAGAUUUGUUGCUGAAUGCGAUAGGAAAGCUUUCGAAGUGCCCUCAAAUGUACCUUUCGCCUUUCGUAGACUUCCACGGAUACUUCCUUUCUUGGUUCAAGGAUACAAAAUACCACAUUUCCAACGGAGGCAGGUGAACAAGCUCUUUUCAAACUUCAUCGUGUCUAUCUCUCUGAUAGUACAAGACCACGAAAUUCCCGAAGUAGUCAAAAAGAUGUUCGUGGAGGAUACCAAGACCAUGGUCGUGCCGUUCUGUCCUGCACUUCCAGUGGCAACGAGGGUGAGUCAUGAGGUUGGAAUGCCUCUGGUACACAUCGACCACUUCAACCUCAGCAAUUUUUACGGACCGAGCGACAAGAGGACGAAGUUGCAAUUCGACAAGAUCAGGCCGGAGGCAGCCCUGGCUGAGAAGCGUUACGGGAGCUUGAAGAUAAACCCAAAGACAAGGAAGAAUUUGAGUCGAUAUUUGUCGAGCCUUCGGGGGAUUGAUGUUCCUGAGGAGAGUGCACAGGAGCCUCAGGCAGAUGAUGUGGAUGAAGGUGAUUGGAUGGUAAACAACGAAGAUGAGGAGGAUCAGGAAGAGCCGGAGGACGCGUGGAGCACAUUGCGAGACUCUUGUCUCAAGGUUGCAGAGUGUCCUUCCGAGAUGCAUGGCAAGGAGGGGAAAUGCACGUCGAUCGCAGUCUUCAAUUACAAAGGAGGAGUUGGAAAGACCUCAGUCGUCAUCUCCCUGGCGGCUACGCUCGCCAAGUUGGGCAAGAGGGUUUGUAUCAUCGAUGGAGAUGGGCAGUGCAAUGCCACCUCCUUCUUCCAUCCCGAUCUCUCGCAGUUCGAGACUGAAUUUCCUCGAGAGAAGUUCGGAAGGAGCGCCAAGCUGUUGUCGGAUGAUGUGGGCCAUGGCCUGAAGGCGCUCAACCCCAAAGUGUUUGAUUUCAAGAAUUGGCUGGAUGCGAACAGUCUUGAUUCCAACAGAGACAUCCACGACGCCAUGCGCCCGGUCCUGGAAGGUAAAUUAGAAGACAUACGGUGCCCACAGCUCUUGUCAGUUUGCUCCUCGAUGGGAGCAGAAAUCUACGGUGGGAGAUUGAUGAUCCUUCCUGGGAGCUCCAAGCUUUCCAGCGUGAAAUUAAGCGGCACGCAACCACAAAGAGACAUUCGAAACUAUGGUGUGCUGCGAAAGAUCUUUGACAUGAUGGCGGAGAAGUACAAACUGGACUUCAUCUUCGUUGAUCUUGGGCCAAGUGUGGGAGAAAUCAACAAGGCGUUCGUGAUGUCCUGUGAUUUCAUCCUUCCUCCUGCACAUCCUGACUUCUUCUCCGCAAGUUCUGUGAGAGGGCUUUUACGCAAGAUUUUGCCGGACUGGCUUGAAUGGAGAGGCGAGCACAGAGAGAAAUGGAAAAAGAUCGAUCAGAAGGCUCUCAACUCCAUGAAGGAUUUUCAGUUCUAUGACUUCUCUGAGAUCCCACGAAUCUUGCCUUUCCUGGUGCAUGGAUAUGAGUUGGACAGCAACACAGAGAACGAGAUGGAGCUAUCGCAUGCCAACUUUCUCAAGUGCAUCGAGUAUCUCGUUGAAGACAAAGAAGUUCCGUCGGAAGUCAAGAACCUGUAUGUACGGGAUAAGGAUGACCUCAUGGUGGUACCUUUCUGCUGCGCGCUGCAUUUCUUGCCGAGCAUCAGCCACAAAACGGGAAUCCCCUUUGUGCACCUCACCGGACAUCCUCUUGUCGAGGAAAGCUUCAAACAAGCCAAGACAAGGAGAAGGAAGGAGAAGAACGCUCUGACAGAGGCCACGAUGGUCUCGGAGAGGUUCGAGAACCUGGCGAAGUUUAUCAUAGCGGUCGCUAGCGGCGCGAGUGGCAAUGCAGAAGAGUCAGAAAGUGGGCUGCGGGUGGAUGCCAGGGAGACGAGGAGGAAUGGAGGUGGAAGGGAAGGAUCAUCACGGAGACGUGCAACUCGCGACAAGCAUGAGGAUCAUCGAACAGAAGACGCGAGAUCGAAGAGAAGCCGCAAGCGCUGA